CCGCAGCGUGCGGGCAGCGAGCGCGAUGCGCCCCGCGCUCGGCUCUGCGGAAUAGCGCGGCCGCCGCUCGCCCUCCGCGGGCUGGGGGCGCACGGACCCGACCGCUGGCCAUUCCCUAUUGAUGUCCAUGAAUGCAAACACCAUGAUUUUCAUGAUCCUGGGCGCCUCUAUCGUUAUGGCAAUAGCUUGCUUGAUGGACAUGAAUGCGUUGUUGGACAGAUUUCACAAUUACAUCCUACCGCAUCUGAGAGGGGAGGACCGAGUUUGUCACUGCAACUGUGGAAGGCAUCAUGUCCAUUAUGUCAUCCCUUACGACGGGGACCAGUCAGUGGUGGACUCCUCGGAGAAUUACUUUGUGACUGACAAUGUAACCAAGCAGGAGAUUGAUCUGAUGCUGGGACUUUUGCUGGGCUUUUGUAUAAGCUGGUUCCUGGUGUGGAUGGACGGGGUUCUCCACUACGCCGUGCGGGCCUGGAGGACCAGCCGACGGUAUGACAAUUCCUGGUCUUGGAUUCCGAAAUUUUGUAACUUGAAGGAGUUCAGGAAACGUCACCACCGGCAGUACGAGGAGGCCACCGGGAACAUGGUGCACAUCAAACAGAAGCUGUACCACAACGGGCACCCCAGCCCCCGGCACCUCUGAGGGACACCCUCCCCUCCAGGGACUGCAGCCAGCUUUUAAAACACACAGGACUUCGCUCUUCCUCCAGGGGAACAGCCUCUGGUUUGCUCCCAAGCCAGCUGAGGACAGGAUUUUACGGAAUCCAGCCCGGGUGUCCAUGGGUGGACGCGCCACGAUGCACAACUAAGCCAGUCCUGGAUGCUACGCAGCCAAGACAUUGCACUGUGUUCCACAUUUUAUUGUCAGACUCGUGUAUAUAUGUAAAAAAAAAAAAAAAAAAAAAAAAAAACAAAAAGCAGACAAACAACAACGACAACAACAAAAAACCCAAAAAAAGAGAGAGAGAGAGAGAAAAAAGAGAUUUGCAUUAUACUUUCAACCCCCCCUCCCCCCCCCUUUUCAGCUGUCCUGCACAUCCAGGAAUGUUGGCCGAGGGGAUGGAGGUGGGACAGCACGAAGAAGAUGCAGAGUGUCUCAUCCAAGAGCUCCAGUCCCCCGUUUCUUUGGUCCUCUGGCUGGGUUUUGCCCUGCUCUGCCCCUCCCGUGCCUAGAAUGGCUGGGCUGGGCACAGGUUUGGCUGGGGACUGCUGCCAGCGGGGGCGGGGGGAAGGCACAGUGUCCCUUUUGGUUUUGCUUUGGUUCACGUUCUGGGGAGUUGCUGCAGGGGAAGGAAGUGCUGGGGAUGUGUAAGGGGUUUGUUGUUUGCAGUGCUGUCCACUGAAAACCUGCCUUAAGCAACCCAAUCUCAGAGCCAGGGGGAUGGGGCUGUGAGGGCUCAGCCCGGGCUGGUGCCGCUGGUGUGGUGGCACUUUUGGUGGCAGGGCUGCUGUCCUUCACUGGAGGAGGGUGGGAUGUGUCAGAUCUGACUUGUCCUUCUGCUCAUAAACACCCCCCACCCCUUGCCUGGGAGGAAAGGAGCUGCUCUGCCCCUUUUCUUGUGGGGUGAGCCCGAGGUCCUGGUUAAAACACCCCAAAACCACUGACAGCGCAGUGAGGGGGCCCUGAACAGCCUCACUGCUCCUGCACAUCAAACACCCCCCUUUGCCUGUGGGGCUUGGCUUGAGGGACACACAGAGACUUGGGCCUGAAGCCAAACUCCUCUCCAAACAUCCCAAAUGUCCCCAAGGCUGAGUCAAAGGGUGAGGAUGCUCCGAUGUGGUUUUGCCUUUGCUUCCCCUGGUGUGGAUUUCGAGGCUCUGAAAGGAACCUCCCCCUCCAGAGACCUCCUUUACUCCCAGGCAGAGGGGUCUGAAGGUGCUGGAAAGCCCACGGUGGUGGUGUCUGGUCCCUGCUCUGGUCCUGUUCUCCUGAAGGCAGCAGCAGCAGGGGAGCCCAGGCUGUGGGAUGUGCUGGGCAGCACAGCCAGGGUGGGGAGAGGGAGGAUUUACUGGGAGGGAGGAAGGAGGAGGGAGAUGCUCUCCCCAGGAAUGUGACAGCCCUGAGCCCCCAUUCCCCCUUCAUCCAUCGUUUUGUACUGAGUGGGUUUGGCUGAAAUGGGGAAAACACCCAGAACUGAAGGAUGGGGAGAAUUGCCAGAACCUCUCCUUUCUUCCACGGAUUCCUUGACACUCUGAGUGGCCUCCUGCUGUUUGAUGGCAGGGAAAAGGACACCACGACUCCUGCCCUUCCCUCCCUGCUCCAGCUUCUGUGUCUUGGGUUUUUUUUUUCUAUUUCUUUUGCCCAGUUCAGUUAAUUACAAGCCCCCAAACUACCCAAACAUUCCCAUUUCUCUGCCAUCCCCACCUUUGCUAUUCCCUAGUGCCUCUUGUCUUGGAGCCCCAGGUUCUUUCUGGACCUAAACAACUGCCUGGUCCAUUCUUGUGUCUGUUUGGCUGUCUGUCAUUCCUGGCUGUGAUGUCUGAAAUUCCUUAGGAUCUAAGGAACACCUUUUCCUUGAGCAGCUCCUUUCCCUUGCAGCCUCCUGGCAGGGAAGAGCAGGGACUGUGUUAUCAACAAGUCCUCAGGGGGGACAGCAUUUUGUAGGGGAGGAAAUUCCAUCGUGAUAAGGACAAAUAUCGAGUCCCUGGGAUUGGUUAUGGGGGGAGAAAAAAAGCACUUUAAAAGUAAUUUUUCCACUUGCAGCCUCUCACAAGAGAGACUUAAGGCAGUGACCUAAACUCAGACUGAAUGUAAAGCCUGGCUCUGCCCUGCUCUAGCAGCUGACCUUGGUUGAAAUAUCAUUAAAAAUGAAACAACUGGAAAGGGUGAAUGGCUCACACCCCUUAAGUUUGAUCUGUCUGAUCCACAGAAAAAUUUUAUAAGAAUUUGAGGCUCUGGAAGAAAGGGGGAGAAAAAAAAAAUCUACACGGUAAAUAUUCCUGCUGUUUAAAACCAGAGUUUUAAAAAAUCUGCAGCUCUCUCUUGCUCACACUUAGGCAAAAAAAUAAACCAAGAAAUGCUCUCAGUGCAGUUAAAUUUACUGGGAGUAACUCACUGGUCUGUAAUCCAGGGAAAGCAGGCAGGUUUUGUUGAGCAGGGUCGUCCCAGCACGCACUAAACCAGCAGGAUUAAUCCUGGGGAAACGCUCCUCAUCCUGAAUGAACGAGGGCCAGAAUUCCUCCCCGUGCAGGGUGGGAAUCCUGACCCAGCACAUCUGGGAUGGUUUCAAACUCCUGGGCAGGGACACCAAAACCAGGAGAGUUUUUCCUGAGAGCCUCAGGUCUGCCCUGUCUCCUCUUUGGGGAACGAGCUGCCAACGGGAAAGCAGAAGUGAAGGAGGCAGCUGUUUUGGGGUGUUACAGCCAGUUUUGGGGUAUUGCAGUGGGUUUUGGGGUGUUACAGCCGGUUUAGGGGUAUUGCAGUGGGGUUUGAGGUAUUACAGCUUAUUUUGGUGUGUUGCAGCUGGUUUUGGAGUAUUACAGCUGGUUUUUGGUGUGUUGCAGCUGGUUUUGGGGUAUUACAGCUGUAUUUGGGGUAUUACAGCUGUUUUUUGGAGUGUUGCAGCUGGUUCUGGGGUGUUGCAGCUGGUUUUGGGGUAUUACAGCUGGUUUUGGGGUGUUGCAGCUGGUUUGGGGGUAUUACAGCUGAUUUUGGUGUGUUGCAGCUGGUUUUGGGGUAUUACAGCUGGUUUUGGGGUAUUACAGCUGGUUUUGGGGUGUUGCAACUGGUUUGGGGGUAUUACAGCUGAUUUUGGUGUGUUGCAGCUGGUUUUGGGGUAUUACAGCUGGUUUUGGGGUAUUACAGCUGGUUUUUUGAGUGUUGCAGUGGGUUUUGGGGUAUUACAGCUGUUUUUUGGAGUGUUGCAGUGGGUUUUGGGGUAUUACAGCUGUACUUGGUGUGUUGCAGCUGUAUUUGGGAUAUUACAGCUGUAUUUGGGGUGUUACAGCUGUAUUUGGGGUGUUACAGCUGUGUUUGGGGUAUUACAGCUGUUUUUUGGGGUGUCGCCGAGCCAGCAUCACCCGGCAGCCCCUUCUCCCCUGCUGCCACCAUCCCUCCUGUCCCUGCCCCAGCUCCUGAGCCGAUGCUGCUCCAGGCUGAGCCCUGCCAGCCCUGUCCCUUGUCCCCGUGUCGCAGCGGGGCCGCUCUGCCGCCACCCCGUCGCUCUGUGCAUGUGUUUGUUUUGUUUCUCUCCGCUCGUGGGGGUGUUUUCUCCUCGUCGAAUUGUCCCCGCUGUGCUCGUGUUGACUCGUUUGCUGUUCUCUUGCCUCUGAUCCAGUCUCCGUACACACCCCAAAAAAAAAUAACACACCAAAAAAAACCCCAACCCCAAUAACAACAACACCCGAACCCAGCAACAACCCCAGGCAAAGAGGGCUGAGUUGGGAGCAAAUUUGGCAGCAGGGAGUGGGCACAGCAAGGUCAGGGCUGGGCAAGGAGCUGGGCAGAGCCUGGGGAAGGGAAAACAGGGAUGAGAAGUGUGGGAAGUGCAGGACAGCGGAGUGGGAAGUGUGGGCCCCGUCUCAGCGCUCGCCCGCCAGAUGCUCCGGGGGAGGCUGCAGGCUCUGGUGCUGGGGGGGAUCUUGUGGGGUAUUUUUGGAGCAAAGACACAGCUCAAAACUCCAUGUGCUGGUUCUCCAGAGCUGGGAUUGGUGCUGGGAAUGUUCUCUUGUGGUUUUGGUGUGAGGAGCCCCUCUGGGAAGGUUCUCCUGUGGUUUUGGUGUGAGGAGCCUGUCUGGGGAUGUUCUCCUGUGGUUUUGGUGUGAGGAGCCCCUCUGGGAAGGUUCUCCUGUGGUUUUGGUGUGAGGAGCCUCUCUGGGAAGGUUCUCCUGUGGUUUUGGUGUGAGGAGCCCCUCUGGGAAUGUUCUCCUGUGUUCCUGGUGUGAGGAGCCCCUCUGGGAAUGUUCUCCUGUGUUCCUGGUGUGAGGAGCCCCUCUGGGAAUGUUCUCCUGUGGUUUUGGUGUGAGGAGCCCCUCUGGGAACGUUCUCCUGUGGUUUUGGUGUGAGGAGCCCCUCUGGGAAUGUUCUCCUGUGGCUUUGGUGUGAGGAGCCCCUCUGGGAAUGUUCUCCUGUGUUCCUGGUGUGAGGAGCCCUUCUGGGAAUGUUCUCCUGUGGUUUUGGUGUGAGGAGCCCCUCUGGGAAUGUUCUCCCGUGGUUUUGGUGUGAGGAGCCCCUCUGGGAAUGUUCUCCUGUGGUUUUGGUGUGAGGAGCCUGUCUGGGGAUGUUCUCCUGUGUUCCUGGUGUGAGGAGCCCUUCUGGGAAUGUUCUCCUGUGUUCCUGGUGUGAGGAGCCCUUCUGGGAAUGUUCUCCUGUGGUUUUGGUGUGAGGAGCCCCUCUGGGAAUGUUCUCCUGUGGUUUUGGUGUGAGGAGCCUGUCUGGGAAUGUUCUCCUGUGGUUUUGGUGUGAGGAGCCCCUCUGGGAAUGUUCUCCUGUGGCUUUGGUGUGAGGAGCCCCUCUGGGAAUGUUCUCCUGUGGUUUUGGUGUGAGGAGCCUCUCUGGGAAGGUUCUCCUGUGGCUUUGGUGUGAGGAGCCCUGGCCUGGCCGCCUGCAUGGGGAAUGGUUGGGAAGGAGAGGUGUGGAAAGCAGAAAUCCAUUGCCUCACCCAGUAGCUCUUUUUUAAACUCAAAUCCCAUCCUCAGUUCUGGCUCUGCUGAAUAAACCCCUGGCCAAUAUAAACAACAAACAGUGAGAAGGGCCCUUCCUCUUUGAGGAACAGUUUGGGAAGGUGUCUCCUGUAUCCCAUCCAUGCAUCCAUCCACUGUGCCCUCUCACUGCUGAGCCAGCCAGGGACACCUCAGCUGGCCCAUCUGGCACCACCUCAUCCAUAAGAAGCCCAGGAGAGAGCCUGGGAUGGUGUCCCAGGCACUCACAGCACGCUGGGGUGGGUUUAGUUACUCUCACUGCUGUUCUACCUCAUUUUCUGGUUGCAUUUUCAGCUGGGGGAAGAAGAAUCCCUGCUAAAAAGGGGUGUUGAAAACAGCCACUGAGGUGAUGAAGGCACUGGAGCAUCUCUCCUUUGAGGGAACUGGGAAAGCUGGGACUGAUCAUGCUGGGGAAGGAUCAAUCCCUGUAGGGAGAGUGCAAAGAAAUGGGAGCAGGCUCUUUAAGAGGUGUCCAGUGAUGGACCAGAAGCACGAAAUGAAACAUGGGGGGUUCUACUUGAACAUCCUGCACGUGGUGAGAAGGGAGGGUGAUGCUCACCUGUGCUGGAGGGAGAGGCUGGCAGGAGCUGAGGGGCACAGGGAGCUCAGUGUCACUUCAGAUCUCACCUCCCAGCACUGUUGAACAUCCAGCCCGGCAUUGAUGAAGAGGUUUGGGUCAUCACAGAGGUGAUGAAGCUUCUUCUGCAUUUUCAGGGGGCUUGGAGGGUAAAAACAGCCAACAGAACCUCCCAGAGCACCUCUGGAUGUGGAAGAGCAGAAGUUCUUCCAUGAUUAGAGCAUGUGGUACAAAUAGAGACACUUGGAGCCAUCAUUUUCCAGCCUGGAUGCAGCGGUGGGACAGUUCUGGGUUUCAGUGAGCAGCAGUGGGACGGAGAGCAGGGAAUUAUCUGUUGGGCAGGGACACAGGACUGCUGCUUCCACCCUGGGAUGGGGUGAAAGUGAAAAGUCCCCUCAGCCCAGCUCCCUGGGGUGGCCAGGAGGACAAGGAGCAGCAAGUGAACUUCCUGAAGGAAAUAAAAGACUCAAAGAAAAAGAGCCAGGCCUGUGCCUUCCCUGCAGGUGGGGCAGAGGAGAGGGAAGCAGAGGAGUGGGAAGAUGUGGCAGAGUCAGGAGGAGCCGCUCGGCCUGGCUGGGCUGUGGGGGUCCUGCUCCGGGUGUUCAGAGCUCUGCGUGUCCCCACGUGUCCCCUGCAUGGAGCCCGGCCCUCCUUUGGCACCUCCAGCCAUUUGCUCUCGUUUCUUUUGCAGUUUCACCUCUCGGCAUUCCCAGCAGGGCUGACCCCGGGGUGGCUCAGUCCCAGCUCCCACCGAGGCAGAGGAAGCCCUGCACUCACUGCAGGGAGGUUUUUCACUUGUGACACACCAGGACAGAGCUUGGAGUGCUGUUUUCCCUGAUCGUUAAUCCCUCUUUUCUUUUUUUUCCUGCACCCAAACCACUUCUGCAUGCAGCAGGCAGGGAGAGGCACAGCACAGACUACCAGAGAGAGAGAUUAAACUCUGCUCCGAGUCUAAUCACAGGAUAAUCUCUACUGUGGUUGAAAAGCAAUAAUGGCUAAUUUUUUUACUAAAUACACUUGCACAGGCAGAUGUCACCCAGGGCUUGUGCUCUCCAGUGGCCAGAGGGGUGGCAGCCUGUGCUGAGGCUCCGGGGAGCAGCUGAAGGUGCAGAGAGCUUGGGGUGGGGGAGGCAAUAGAAAAAGCACACUGUGAUUUUAUUUGGGUCAACGAGUGAGUGUAUUUCAGCCAUUCCUUCCCUUUCAAUAAGAUGUUUGUAUAAUAGAGAACCAGUUCAGCUCCUGGAACUAAGCCCGUCCUUUGCUGUUUGUCAGUAAAAUAGUUUUUUGCA